AUCAGCUGGCGGAUGGGGGCAGGGACGCGGCUGGUGCAUUGAUCCAGCUGGAGGGAUCAUGUGGCAGCACCGAGGCGACAUCAGACUGCUGGCUCCGUUCUGCGCCCUGGUCGUCCUCCUCUUGUUCACGCUGACCGCUUCCUACAAGCCUGUCAUCGUCAUUCAUGGCCUCUUUGACAGCCCUUCUGACUUUGGAGACCUUUUGGACUUUAUCAAUGAGACCCACCCAGGAACCAACGUGACGGUUGUCGAUUUGUUCGAUCGCACGGAGAGCUUGAAACCGCUCUGGAUGCAAGUGGAGGGGUUCCGACAAGUCAUAUACCCCAUUAUGCAGAAUGCCGUCAACGGGGUCCACCUCAUCUGUUACUCGCAAGGAGGGCUGAUCUGCCGCGCUAUCCUCUCCACGAUGCCCGAUCACAACGUGGAUACCUUUAUCUCUCUCUCUUCCCCGCAAAUGGGACAAUAUGGGGACACCAAGUACCUGAAAUGGCUCUUUCCCCAACACAUGAAAUCCAAUCUAUAUCGCUUGUGCUACACACAACUGGGCCAGGAUUUCUCUAUCUGUAACUACUGGAAUGAUCCACAUCAUCGAGAUCUUUACCUCAACAACAGCAAUUUCCUGGCCCUACUGAACGACGAGAAGCUGAAUCCCAAUGCUACAGCCUGGAAGAAGAACCUUCUGCGGAUUCGGAAGCUGGUGCUGAUUGGGGGUCCGGAUGAUGGCGUCAUCAUGCCGUGGCAAUCCAGCUUGUUCGCCUUCUAUGAUGAUAACGAGACAGUGAAGGAAAUGAAAUCCCAAUUGGUCUACCUCGAGGACACCUUUGGUCUGAAGACCCUGGAUGCUCGCGGCGACAUCUCUUUCUACACAAUGCCCGGCGUCUCCCACACAUAUUGGCACUCUAAUCGCACCGUCUACGACAAAUGCAUCUCCCAGUGGCUGACGUAG